CAAAUUGACAUUUGACAGCUUACCUAAGCAUGUGUUGACAUGUGUACACCCUAGAACUUGGAUUCGAGCAUUUGAGCUCAUUAUUGAAAUUGAAUUUAGUAGGUUUCAAUGAAAAGGUUGUUUUUUUAAGUUAAAUAGACGUUUAAUUUAACAUAAUGUGGUUUGAGGAAGCAGAUGAAAUUUUAAAGACCUACUUGCCCUAUUAUUUAUUGCUAGUUUUACCAAUAUUUAUUAUAGUAUCUCCGGUGAAUCCAGUGAGUGCUUCUUAUGAGUUUCCCGUUUAUCGUAUGCAGCAUUUUGAUUUACAUGGAGUUGGUCACGGUUGUAGAAACACUCUUAUUAAUUUAGAAGCACGUUCGAUUUCAAGUUGGAGUACAUCUAGACAUUGUAUUAUAACACGUUUAGGAGACUUAACAAUAGAACAAUUUCACAACAUCCGUUUAAAAGCUGGUGCUCUUAUAGUAGUUUUGCCAAAAAAACUCUCAGUACUUUCAAGUGAAGAGAAGCAGCACCUUCUUCUACUAGAAAAUGCUAUGUUAGCUCAAGAAAUUACAAUAUCUGUAUACUUUGCAGAAAACUCUCCAAACUUGGAUAAAAUAAUUAAAGACCUUUCUAGUGGUUUUACAGCUAAUGACAAAACAAAGUCAGGUGCUGAAGCCUUAGUAAAUUCUAUUGCUGCCAAUGGAUAUCAAAUUGCAGUAAAUCCUGGUAAUCCAAAUAUAAAGCAUAAUGUCAAAAUCAGCACAAUCCAAGGAGUUUUAACAGGUCGUACUUUGAGUGAAAAAACAAACACCAUUGCUGUUGUUGCACAUUAUGAUAGUUUUGGGGUUGCUCCAGAGCUGUCUUAUGGAGCCGAUUCCAAUGCAUCUGGUGUUGCAAUUCUACUAGAAUUAGUUAGAUUAUUUUCUUUAUUAUAUUCCGAUCCAAAAACUCAAGGAAAAUAUAAUCUUGUAUUUUUACUAACAGGAGGAGGAAAAAUAAAUUAUCAAGGCAGCAAGAAAUGGCUUGAAGAUCAAUUAGAUUCAAUUGAUGGUUCUUUUUUACAGGAAACGGCGUAUGUCAUGUGCUUAGAUACAUUGGCAGCUUCUGAUUCCAUUUAUAUGCACGUUUCUAAACCCCCAAAAGAGGGGUCUUCCGCUAAUUUAUUUUUCAAUGCCUUAAAAGAAUCUCCCCAAUCAAACUCAACACCAAUUAAUAUUGUUCAUAAGAAAAUUAAUCUAGCUGAUGAUUUGCUGGCAUGGGAACAUGAAAGAUACAGCAUUAGAAGAUUACCUUCAUUCACGUUAUCAACUCUUAAAACUCAUAAAGACUUGAUGAGGAGUUCAGUCUUGGAUAUCCAGGAUAACAUAGACAUUAACAGACUAGUCAGACAUACAACCAUGGUAGCUGAAGCACUUGCAAAGCAUAUUUAUAAUUUUUCAGAGGGUAGCAUUUUUAAAGGCUCAUUAGGUGUACAAAAGAGUCAUUUAGAAGCCUGGAUUAGUUAUUUAAGUUCCCAACCACGAUCACCACAACUACUAUGUAAUAAAGACAACAUUUUAGUUAACUCUUUGCAAGAAGCUUUUAAUCGUUUCCUAAGAGAGAUCAAAGUUUCUACCGUACAGCCUGACAAAAGAGACCCCGACUUUACGUUUUAUGAUGUCACCAAAGGCAUGAUGAACAUUUACAGUGUAAAGCCAGCCGUCUUUGAUCUCGUACUAACAAUAGUAAUUGUUUUGUACUUAAGCAUUGUAUACCUUGUAGUACUAAAGUUCCCUUAUAUUUACGUAAUUUCCUGUAAUUUAAUUUCAUAUAAGAAAGUUAAAGCGAAUUGAGAUCAAAUUUUUGAUCGAAUGUUUUAGUAUUAUAUAAUUGUUGAAUUAUGUAUGUAGCAAUGAUAUUGUUAUAAAAAAAAGUAGUUAAUUAAAUAUUCUUUUGGUCUAGACAAAAAGUUACUGCAGCAAUAAACGAAAUAAAUUGUU